AUGUGGAUAGCUCAUCAUGCUCGCAAAACAUAUUUGAAUAUUCAUGUAAAAACAAAUUUAGAAGAGCUAGAUGAAAAUGGAGCACUGUUGAUAGUUGACUACAAAAUGAAAAUUUUACUUCAAAGUAUUUCUCAGGCUAUAAAGAGAUAUGUAAAACUUGGUUAUAAUAUUGAAUCAGAUGAAAAUAUACAAGAUGCUAUUUAA